GAACAAAAUCCAAGAGAGAGAAUGAUGAAGAAGCUGUUGAGCUGUAGUACUCUGUGCACAGCACCGAAACCUUGAAAUCCAGAAAAUUCGAAGACCCCAAAUCGCUCAAAUCAACGAAGCUUCUGCAAAGUUUCUUCCUUUACUUGUGAUCCCUCUUAUCACUGGUUCUCUAUUCUCUGGGUCAAUUCUCCUCCGAUUAUUGAUCAUACUACAAAAGACCCCUUUUUCUAUACACACAUCAUCAUCAUCAUCAUCGUCAUCAUCACCAGCACUUUGUUGUUUCAGAAGUAAAAAAAGUUUUUUUUUUCCUUUUUGGAUUUCUCAGUUGGGUUGGUUCUGUGACACUCAAGGGACACUCAGCUAUUGAUAAUCAUUUCCAACCAGAAUUAGGAUCAUCCAGCAUCUUGUCUUUUUGUUGAAUGGGAAUAUAUCUAAGCACACCCAAAACUGAAAAGUUUUCUGAAGAUGGUGAAAAUGACCGUCUUAGAUAUGGUUUAUCAUCCAUGCAAGGCUGGCGUGCAACAAUGGAAGAUGCUCAUGCUGCAUAUACUGAUCUGGAUGAUUCUACUUCGUUUUUUGGUGUCUACGAUGGGCAUGGAGGUAAGGUGGUUGCAAAGUUUUGUGCAAAGUUUCUUCACCAACAGGUGCUCAGAAGUAAAGAAUAUGCAGAUGGAGAUAUAGGAACCUCUCUUCAGAAAGCAUUUCUAAGAAUGGAUGACAUGAUGCGUGGCCAAAGGGGAUGGAGGGAAUUAUCAGUCUUGGGGGAUAAGAUAAACAAGUUUACUGGAAUGAUAGAAGGGUUGAUUUGGUCUCCAAAAGGUACCGAUGGUGGUGACCAAGUUGAUGAUUGGGCUUUUGAGGAGGGACCUCAUGCUGAUUUUGCUGGCCCAACUUCUGGAAGCACUGCCUGUGUUGCUGUUAUUAGAAACAACCAACUUUUUGUUGCAAAUGCUGGUGAUUCGCGUUGUGUAAUUUCUCGAAAGGGUCAGGCAUACAAUUUGUCUAGAGACCACAAACCUGAGCUUGAGAUUGAAAAGGAAAGAAUCUUAAAAGCUGGUGGUUUUAUUCACGCAGGACGAGUUAAUGGAAGUUUAAAUCUUGCAAGAGCUAUUGGUGACAUGGAAUUUAAACAGAAUAAAUUUCUUCCCGCUGAAAAACAAAUUGUAACUGCCAAUCCAGAUAUAAACACUGUCGACCUUUGUGAAGAAGAUGAAUUCAUGGUCCUAGCUUGUGAUGGCAUAUGGGAUUGCAUGUCAAGCCAACAGUUGGUAGAUUUUAUUCAUGAACAAUUGCGCUCUGAAACCAAGCUUUCUGUAGUGUGUGAAAGAGUACUCGAUCGGUGUUUGGCUCCAUCAACCGCCGGUGGCGAGGGAUGCGACAACAUGACGAUGAUCUUGGUGCAGUUCAAGAAGCCAGCUCAAUCCAGUGCACCACCAGAAGAGCAGCAAUCCUCUGCAAACGAAAAAGCUGAAGAAGCUCAUGAACCAAAAGCGGAUAGUAGUGAAAGUUAGGGUGUUUUUUCUGAAGCAAUAGUGCUCAUAUGUAUUAUAUUUUAUUUUAUAUCUCAUAUAUAGUGUGCACUGGUGAUUACACUGCCUCUGAAUGGUCAUGUUCCUUUCAUCUAACACUACAUACAAUUAUUCUGAUCACAUAAUAGAUUCUCUCUCUCUCUCUCUCUCUCU